UAUUGGGUGAAAGCUCCAGUGAAGAGGGUCUGGUUCUAGGGGCUGGGAUAGGCAGUCCCUGAGGAAGAAGGUAUCUGCAGGCCUCAUGAAACCGUAUCAUCUCUACUAACUGAGAACAUGGUAGCAUCUGCUCAUAGGCCCAUGAAGUCAUCCAUAUGAGGAAAAGGGAAAAUGAUAGAGGACCAGGAGGAGGAUGAGGAAGAAGAGGAGGACAUCUUUGAAGAUGCCUUGGAAAACAUCUCUAUAUCUCGCUCAGGUAUGGCAACAGGCAGCCUUCGCUUUGCAUCAAGUGAUACCAAACGGGCAUCCAGACAACUUGGAGCAUCUGACAUGAGCAGUUCUUCGUCAACCAAGGUGGAUCUCAAGAGUGGCCUAGAAGAAUGUGCAGUGGCCUUGAACUUAUUUCUAAGUAACAGAUUUACAGACGCCUUAGAAUUGCUUCGUCCCUGGGCUAAGGACAGUAUGUACCAUGCCUUGGGAUACAGUACCAUUGUGGUGUUGCAGGCCGUCAUGACCUUCGAGCAACAGGACAUCCAGAACGGCAUUUCUGCCAUGAAGGACGCUUUACAGACCUGCCAAAAAUAUAGGAAAAAAUGCACGGUUGUAGAAUCUUUCUCAAGUCUUCUUUCUAGAGGAUCACUAGAACAGCUGAGUGAAGAGGAAAUGCAUGCUGAGAUCUGUUACGCCGAGUGCCUCCUGCAGAAAGCAGCACUUACAUUUGUGCAGGAUGAAAAUAUGAUCAACUUCAUCAAAGGUGGACUCAAAAUUAGAACAAGUUACCAAAUAUAUAAAGAAUGUCUUUCUAUCCUACAAGUAAUCGAGAAGAACAAACUUGAACAGGAAUUCUUCUAUGAAUUUGAAGGCGGUGUCAAACUUGGCACUGGAGCCUUUAAUUUGAUGCUGUCCCUUUUACCUGCAAGGAUAAUCAGAUUACUAGAAUUUAUUGGAUUCUCAGGAAACAGGGAGUUGGGCCUCCUGCAGUUACGGGAGGGCGCAUCAGGAAGAAGCAUGAGGUCUCCGCUGUGCUGUUUAACCAUCCUAGCUUUUCAUACUUACAUCUCCCUAAUACUCGGUACGGGCGAAGUGAAUGUUACGGAAGCAGAGCGUCUCCUUGCCCCCUUCCUCCAGCAGUUUCCAAAUGGCUCGCUCAUGCUGUUUUAUCAUGCCCGAAUAGAGCUGCUGAAAGGGAAUAUUGAAAAGGCACAAGAGGUAUUUCGAAAAUGCGUUUCAGUUCAAGAAGAGUGGAAACAGUUUCACCACCUCUGUUAUUGGGAGCUAAUGUGGAUUUAUAUAUUCCAACAAAACUGGAUGCAGGCGUAUUACUAUUCAGAUCUGCUUUGCAAAGAAAGUCGAUGGUCCAAGGCAACAUAUGUGUUCUUGAAAGCUGCGAUUUUGAGUAUGCUUCCAGAAGAAGAUGUAGCAUCAACUAAUGAGAACGUAGUCACUUUAUUCAGACAGGUGGAUAGCUUGAAGCAGAGGAUUGCUGGUAAAUCUCUCCCCACUGAGAAGUUUGCUGUGAGGAAGGCACGGCGUUACUCCUUGCCUGCACCCGUGAAACUCGUCCUGCCCGCCCUGGAAAUGAUGUACGUCUGGAAUGGUUUUUUGAUAGUGAACAAAAGGAAAGAUCUUUCUGAAAAUCUGUUGGUAACUGUUGAAAAGGCUGAGGCAGCUUUGCAAAAUCAAGACUUUAGUGAAUACUCUGUGGAUGACGAGUGCUUAGUGAAGUUACUUAAAGGAUGCUGUCUCAAGAACUUACAGCGGCCCCUGCAAGCUGAACUGUGUUUCAAUCAUGUUGUGGAAAGUGAAAAGCUUUUGAAGUAUGACCACUACCUGGUGCCGUUCACUCUGUUUGAGUUGGCAUUUCUGUAUAAAAGCCAAGGGGAAAUUGAGAAGGCUUUAAAGGUCCUAGAAACGGCAAGAAACAACUACAAAGAUUACUCCUUGGAGUCCAGACUGCAUUUCAGAAUUCAGGCAGCUCUUCACCUCUGGAAAACACCUUAGAUGAUCAGGACACUAAGGAUGGAAUUUUCCCUCGGUUAACAUCAGAAUCUGCUAUAGAUUAAACCUUGCAUUCAAGUGAAAAAGUGAUCUUGUGAACAAGAGACAAAAAAACCCCAAUUUUAUUGUCAAUAUUUUCUAUGAUCUUAGUGCUUUAUUCUUGGUCUAUAUAACUUUUUUUUCCUAUGAAAUGAUGUUCAAUACUAUCUGGAAAAUUCUUAUAUUUUGCCUCUCUGAAAAGAUUUUCGUAUUAGAGUUGAAUGGGGGAGGGGUGGGGUGGUGAAAAGUCUUUUAAAAGACUUAAACCUACAACAAAGUCUAAUUAGAUUGUUUAUUUUUUUAAUGUGGAAAUUAAUAUUGUUUAAGUAGUAAAUGGUUUACCAAGUGAACCAUUUUUAAAUUUGUUGGUCAGUUAAACUUCAGAGAUGUUUUGUUGCCUAGUUUUUAAAUUUCAGAGGGGGGAUAAAUUACUUAUUCAAAGUAGCUUUUUAGUAGUGACCUCUGAAGACUUCUGAAAAAGAGCAUGAACAGAGAUAGGAUAAUGUACUUAUAGGUUGAAGAGACCUAUAUUUAUAAGAUAAUGAGAUAUUAAGUUAUUCUUUUUUUAACUAUAUGUUGGCUAAUGGUGGUGACAUUUUUGAGAAAUUAUUCUGGUUUUGAAUGUACUUAAUGAUCUCUGUUAUAAUAACAAAAUUCAAAAAACCCAGUGUAUCUCAAGGGAAGAAAUAGUAAUAUUUUAGAAAUUAUCCUUAGCAACAAGAGCCUAAAAUAUAUACUGUUGAUUAUUUUUCUGAUAGGAAACAAAGUAAAGUUCCUGCUGCUUUAAAUAUGUAAAAUAUUAAUAAUUUUUACACUUA